AUUUUGCGUGUAAAAGUAAAGAGCUCCGCAUAUCGAUUAAAUUGCAGCAUUACACGAACACGAAAAUGAAGCAGCCUUAACCAGUUAAAAGCUGUUGCCAUAGAACUAGGACGCAGAGGGUCAGAAAUUCACAUGGAAACGGGCCAAAGAGUUAUCACAGUGGCUUCAUGGCACAGCCACAAUGGCAAUGAGGAACAACAAAUGGUGGAGGAGAAAGAGAAGUCGCAAGAGAAGGAAGAGGAAUUGUUUAUUGAAAUCGGUUUGGCCAGUGAAGCUAAUGAAUCAACACCCCUAUUAAGUAAACAAAGAGGAGCACAACGAACCACACUUCAACCCUCAUCAUCACCAUCAUCAUCAUCGCCAGGGAAUUCAUCCUCCAUCUAUAUAGAAGAAUGCCUGAAUUGUCGCAUUCUCGUAUUCUUAAGCAUGAUCAUAACUAGUCUGGGAUUGGCCACAUAUUUACUUUGGAGACAAUCACAUUUUCCCGACAAGGGUUAUUCCCUUGAACUGAUAGAGCAUGAUAUUUGGAGUAAUAUUCCAUUAAAAAGUCCAAUUUUGUAUGCCGAUAAUGUUAGAAAUGUCUUCAUAACCCACACAGCCAGCGAGGAGUGCUACGAGAAUUGUAUGGAACUACUUCACAGACUUCAAAAGUUUCGUUUGGAUGAGUUACCUUACAAUUUCCUGAUCACCAGCAAUGGUCAGGCCUUCGAGGCUCGUGGCUGGCAUUACGAAAGCAAUUUUGCCCAACAAAUACCCGAAGCUAUAUCUUUGGUGAUAGCUUUGGUGGGUAAUUUCACAUCAAUCUUACCCGAUCGUUGUCAAUUGCAGGCCAUGGAGGCUUUGAUAAGGGAAUCCCAUAAGCGUCAUCGUCUACAAAUGGCUUACAAUCUGUUUGCCCUGAGGAACACCACCAGGCAUACUCACGAUGCGGAGAAAUUGAGAGAGCAGAUGGAGCUCUGGUCCAACUAUAGAGGGGAAUGGCUAAUGAAAUGAAUGAAGAAUCAAAAAAUCAGCCCAAAUUGCAAAAAAGUUAUUCCUCUCGUUUAUUGGUUUUUUUGUUUUUCUUUUGUGUAUGAUGACGUGAAAAAAAAAUUAA